AUGGCUUCACCUGGCCCUCAGCUGAUGAGAAAAUGGGCUCAGUUGCUGCCCGAAGUCCUUCAGGUAUUUCGGGAAAUUUGCGACACCUUGGCACGCACUGAGCCUUCCUUAGAGCUCAAUAAGUUCUAUGUACAUAUGAACGCCCGAUUAUUCAUUCUCUCUAAUACCAAUGAGGAGAUUCCAGGAAUUUUCUCGUCACAUUUAUCAACCAGUCAAAUUCUCCAGCAACUUCUCUACUCACUAGACAGAGUCUAUAUAGGAGAUCCAAGCACUCCAGUCACAAAUUACGACCCUUCCACUCUACAGGGCCUAAACAACAUUCUCCAGGCAUGGCGUGACAGCUCAAGUACCAAGGCCAAGUACGCUAGCACUUGCCUUGAUUUUGGGUCCAAAGCUCGCCGUGACGAAAUGAUCAGUUACCUCAAAGAGGCAGAGGACGUGUGCCGGAUGAGCUCCACAGUCGACAGAGGGGACAUUGGCGCUGAUCCAGAUAUUUGUGUAAAGACAAGGCAGAUGCCGCCGCUCGACAUAUGGCCAGUGGCCCAAUCGGUCUAUUCAGCGCUGGACUCAUCUAAUAUGGGUCCUUGCAACACAUGUAACGUCCCGCAUGGCUACGGUGCCCGACUGUGCAUUGAGACAUAUCGGGCUCAAUAUGACACCCAAGGGUAUGAUUUCGACAUGUUUCUAGGCUUGGAUCAGCUGUGGCAAGAAGCACGUGUCAGACAACUCAACAACUCUGUCGUUAAGUUCAUAAUCAACGACGAUGAUAACAAAACCACGAUGAAAACGAGUAUCAGGGUGAGAAGCCUAUGUCGACAAAUCAAAGACACUCAGAAGCGAUGUAUGUUCCGGUUGAACUUUGAAGUGAGAGGUAACGAACUUUGGAAAACGAAAUCUGAACGAAGCAGAUUUGUUGGUCAUGUAUCAGAAGACGUUGUUUCGCUGUCACACUUCAUUAACAAACAACCUCAUCUUUUAAACGGCAAGACAAAACGCAUCCUGGCGGUUCUCUUGGGUUAUGCAGUGCUUAAUCUCCACGGCACAGAGUGGCUAAAACCUACGCUAUCAAGUGACAAUAUCUUGUUUUUCAAGACUAAUGGUACAGUGCCGUUGAAGCCAUACCUUCAGGUCCACAUAAAUUCCAAGACUGCGACUCAUUCUCCCAUGGAUGGGAAUAAUCGGGUCGUUGACGAAGACGAAGAUCAGAAUGACCCCGAUUAUGAAUUGUGCUUUCAUCCAUACCCUUGUCUUGUCAGUUUGGCCCUCAUACUCAUCGAGUUACAUCAAGGAAGGUCCAUACAAAUGAUUGCCGAGGAGAAUAACCUUCUACUGCCAGAUGAGGAAACCGACGAAAGCAGAUUCUUAUUAGCAGGCCACAUCUUCGAAUUUUGCCAGCAGGAUUUCGAGGACCAAACGAGAAUGGCUAUUGACGCUUGCCUGAACCCGAAUAUUGGGAAUGAGUCUGAGGACACGUCGCCACAUGAAGACAAUUUGCGCACCGCUAUCUACCAAGAUAUUGUUCGAAGAUUGGAAGACGAGUUGGAGCAAGGACAUAGUUACAUUUCUGUCGACGGUCUUGACACCCUUGCACAAACCCUGGAUUUCGCUCGAUUUGGACGACCUAUUAAGCCUGAGAAGACCCAAAGCUCAGGAUUGAGUCUAGCAAGGCGAGGAGCAAAGUUGCAAGCUAGCAAACGAAACCGGGAUGACGAGUGUCAAAAUUACCGACGCAUACCGGGCUAUUCUAGUCCAGCUAGCAGGUUUCCGACAUUAUCGGAUACUCGAAGGCCAAGCUUCUUCGAUGAUGGAAGAGAGUCCGGGGAUAUAACAACCGUGAAAAAAGAAGCCUAUAAAUCCUGGAGGGGAGGCGUCAUUGACGUCUACAGCCGAUAUGCACCCGACGUGGCCGAAAAGCCCCAUGUUAAAAUCGUGGUUCUGGAUACCGGGGUGGAUAGAAGUCACCUAGAUUUUGACGCAUACGAAGACAGGAUAAAAGCUUCAGUAUCCUAUGUCGGUAACGACCGAAAGAAUGUUCGAGACACCAGUGGCCAUGGGACCCACGUCACGACGUUACUUUGUGAAUAUGCACCGGAUGCUGAUAUUUACAUCAUGAAGAUCGCAGAAUAUGAUCCAGUGUCACCAUCAAUGGUAGCUCGGGCUAUUAACGAUGCGGUUACGAAUUGGCAACCAGACAUCAUCUCGAUGUCAUUUGGUUGGCCUGCUAGAGACGAUGGAUACGAGUCCCUUGAGAAAGCCAUUAAGAACGCGCAAUUUCAUGAUGUUUUACUCUUUGCCGCAGCAUCCAAUGAUGGCGCUAAUGCUCAACGGGCGUGGCCGGCUCGACAUCCAGGGGUCAUAUGCAUUCACUCUACGACAGCAGAUGGAAACCCCUCUCCCUUUAAUCCUAUCGCGAUACCUGGCGAUAACUUCGCGGUUGUCGGUGAGGCUGUAGAAGGAGCCUGGCCUCGGCAUCUGUGUGACGAACAAGUCAAUAAGAAUUGCUUGGCAUACAAAUCAGGCACCUCAUUUGCAACGCCAAUAGCGGCGGGUAUUGCGGCUUUCCUAUUACAAUACGCCCGAUCAAAGCUUGGUUUAAGACAAUUCACACGGUUAAAGCAGUUUGAGGGUAUGACGACAGUGUUGAGGCGAAUAUCGGUGGAAAAGCAGGGUUAUAAUUAUAUAGCCCCCCGCCUACAUCCUGAUAACUUUUUUGGGAAGAGCGAGGAGUUUAUCCAGACUAAUCUCUAUGAAGCAUUAUUAUAA